AUGAAAAAUAUCGAUAAGUAUCGAAAAGAUAUCGAUAAGUAUCGAAAAGAUAUCGAUAAGUAUCGAAAAGAUAUAGAUAAGUUUCGAAAAGAUAUCGAAAAGUAUCGAAAAGACAUCGAAAAGUAUCGAAAAGUUAUCGAAAAGUAUCGAAAAGAUAUCGAAAAGUGUCGAAAAGUUAUCGAAAAGUAUCGAAAAGAUAUCGAAAAGUAUCGAAAAGAUAUCGAAAAGUAUCGAAAAGAUAUCGAAAAGUAUCGAAAAGAUAUCGAAAAGUAUCUAUAUAUAUCGAAAAUAUCGAUAUAUAAGUACCGAAAAGAUAUCGAAAAGUACCGAAAAGAUAUCGAAAAGUACCGAAAAGAUAUCGAAAAGUAUCGAAAAGAUAUCGAAAAGUAUCGAAAAGAUAUCGAAAAGUAUCGAAAAGAUAUCAAAAAGUAUCGAUAUAUCGAUAAGUAUCGAAAAGAUAUCGAAAAGUAUCGAUAUAUCGAUAAAAAAGAUAUCGGAAAGUACCGAAAAGAUAUCGAUAAGUACCGGAAUGAUAUCGAAAAGUACCGAAAAGAUAUCGAAAAGUACCGAAAAGAUAUCGAAAAGUACCGAAAAGAUAUCGAAAAGUACCGAAAAGAUAUCGAAAAGUACCGAAAAGAUUUCGAAAAGUACCGAAAAGAUAUCGAAAAGUACCGAAAAGAUAUCGAAAAGUACCGAAAAGAUAUCGAAAAUUACCGAAAAGAUAUCGAAAAGUACCGAAAAGAUAUCGAAAAGUACCGAAAAGAUAUCGAAAAGUACCGAAAAGAUAUCGACAAGUACCGAAAAGAUAUCGACAAGUACCGAAAAGAUAUCGACAAGUACCGAAAAGAUAUCGAAAAGUACCGAAAAGAUAUCGAAAAGUAUCGAAAAGAUAUCGAAAAGUAUCGCAAAGAUAUCGAAAAGUAUCGAAAAGAUAUCGAAAAGUAUCGAUAUAUCGAUAAGUAUCGAUAUAUCGAAAAUGAAAAGUAUCGAUAUAUAAUGAUAAUAUCGAUAUAUAAUGAAAAGUAUCGAAAAGAUAUCGAAAAGUAUCGAAAAGAUAUCGAAAUGUAUCGAAAAGAUAUCGAAAAGUAUCGAAAAGUAUCGAAAAGAUAUCGAAAAGUAUCGAAAAGAUCGAAGAAAAGAUAUCGAAAAUAUCGAUAUAUCGAAAAGUAUCGAUAUAUCGUAAAGAAUCGAUAUAUCGUAAAGUAUCGAUAUAUCGAAAAGUACCGAUAUAUCGAAAAGUACCGAAAAGAUAUCGAAAAGUAUCGAAAAGAUAUCGAAAAGUACCGAAAAGAUAUCGAAAAGUACCGAAAAGAUAUCCAAAAGUACCGAAAAGAUAUCGAAAAGUACCGAAAAGAAAUCGAAAAGUACCGAAAAGAUAUCGAAAAGUACCGAAAAAUUUUCGAAAAGUAUCGAAAAGAUAUCGAUAAGUAUCGAAAAGAUAUCGAUAAGUAUUUAUAUAUAAUGAAAAUAUCGAUAUAUAAUGAAAAGUAUCGAAAAGAUAUCGAUAAGUAUCGAAAAGAUAUCGAUAAGUAUCGAAAAGAUAUCGAUAAGUAUCGAAAAGAUAUCGAUAAGUAUCGAAAUUUUAUAGAUAAGUAUCGAAAAGAUAUCGAAAAGUAUCGAAAAGAUAUCGAAAAGUAUCGAAAAGACAUCGAAAAGUAUCGAAAAGAUAUCGAAAAGAUAUCGAAAAGUAUCGAAAAGAUAUCGAAAAGUAUCGAAAAGAUAUCGAAAAGUACCGAAAAAAUAUCGAAAAGUAUCGAUAUAUCGAAAAUAUCGAUAUAUAAUGAAAAGUAUCGAAAAGAUAUCGAAAAGUAUCGAAAAGAUAUCAAAAAGUAUCGAAAAGAUAUCGAAAAGUAUCGAAAAGAUAUCGAAAAGUAUCGAUAUAUCGAUAAGUAUCGAUAUAUCGAUAAGUAUCGACAUAUCGAUAAUACCGAUAUAUCGAAAAGUACCGAAAAGAUAUCGAAAAGUAUCGAAAAGAUAUCGAAAAGUAUCGAAAAGAUAUCGAAAAGUAGCGAAAUAAUAUCGAAAAGUAUCGAAAAGAUAUCGAAAAGUAUCGAAAAGAUAUCGAAAAAUAUCGAUAAGUAUCGAAAAGAUAUCGAUAAGUAUCGAAAAGAUAUCGAUAAGUAUCGGAAAGAUAUCGAUAAGUAUCGAAAAGAUAUAGAUAAGUUUCGAAAAGAUAUCGAAAAGUAUCGAAAAGACAUCGAAAAGUAUCGAAAACUUAUCGAAAAGUAUCGAAAAGAUAUCGAAAAGUAUCGAAAAGUUAUCGAAAAGUAUCGAAAAGAUAUCGAAAAGUAUCGAAAAGAUAUCGAAAAGUAUCGAAAAGAUAUCGAAAAGUAUCGAAAAGAUAUUGAAAAGUAUCGAAAAGAUAUCGAAAAGUAUCUAUAUAUAUCGAAAAUAUCGAUAUAUAAGUACCGAAAAGAUAUCGAAAAGUACCGAAAAGAUAUCGAAAAGUACCGAAAAGAUAUCGAAAAGUAUCGAAAAGAUAUCGAAAAGUAUCGAAAAGUUAUCGAAAAGUAUCGAAAAGAUAUCAAAAAGUAUCGAUAUAUCGAUAAGUAUCGAAAAGAUAUCGAAAAGUAUCGAUAUAUCGAUAAUAUCGAUAUAUCGAUAAGUAUUGAUAUAUCCGAUAUAUCGAUAAGUAUCGAUAUAUCGAAAAAUAUCGAAAAGUACCGAAAAGAUAUCCAAAAGUACGGAAAAGGUAUCGAAAAGUACCGAAAAGGUAUCGAAAAGUACCGAAAAUAUAUCGAAAAGUAUCGAAAAGAUAUCGAAAAGUAUCGAAAAAAUAUCGAAAAGUAUCGAAAAGAUAUUGAAAAGUAUCGAAAAGAUAUCGAAAAGUAUCUAUAUAUAAUGAAAAUAUCGAUAUAUAAUGAAAAGUAUCGAAAAGAUAUCGAUAAGUAUCGAAAAGAUAUCGAUAAGUAUCGAAAAGAUAUCGAUAAGUAUCGAAAAGAUAUCGAUAAGUAUCGAAAAGAUAUAGAUAAGUAUCGAAAAGGUAUCGAUAAGUAUCGAAAAGAUAUCGAAAAGUAUCGAAAAGAUAUCGAAAAGUAUCGAAAAGACAUCGAAAAGUAUCGAAAAGAUAUCGAAAAGAUAUCGAAAAGUAUCGAAAAGAUAUCGAAAAGUAUCGAAAAGAUAUCGAAAAGUAUCUAUAUAUAUCGAAAAUAUCGAUAUAUCGAUAAGAAUCGAUAUAUCGAUAACUACCGAAAAGAUAUCGAAAAGUACCGAAAAGAUAUCGAAAAGUACCGAAAAGAUAUCGAAAAGUACCGAAAAGAUAUCAAAAAGUACCGAAAAGAUAUCGAAAAGUACCGAAAAGAUAUCGAAAAGUACCGAAAAGAUUUCGAAAAGUACCGAAAAGAUAUCGAAAAGUACCGAAAAGAUAUCGAAAAGUACCGAAAAUAUAUCGAAAAGUACCGAAAAGAUAUCGAAAAGUACCGAAAAGAUAUCGAAAAGUACCGAAAAGAUAUCGAAAAGUACCGAAAAGAUAUCGAAAAGUACCGAAAAGAUAUCGACAAGUACCGAAAAGAUAUCGAAAAGUACCGAAAAGAUAUCGAAAAGUAUCGAAAAGAUAUCGAAAAGUAUCGUUAA